UCCGUGACAGCUGUCAAAGAUGCGUACAUCGCGCACGCCUGUCGCGGUCUCGUCUCCCUCGUUUCGCGGCAACGUAGGUUACGUCGGUGAUAAGCGGCGCGGAGGCGGUGUGCGCGCGUACAUAAUCGCGAUGUCUCGCGCGGCGCGCGGGAAUCGCGGAGUCUGUCUCUGAAUGCGCCGCGCUGCGCUGUUCCACACGAUAUACGACAUACGACGGCACAGCCCGACGAUUACCAGGAUAACCUCCUGGUCCCCGCGUUCGUCCGCGGCCGCAGGCGACCUUUGCCACGUAUAAGUCGAAAAAUCGCUCGUCAUGGCGUGUCUGCUGUUGAAUCAGGAGAACGUCCACCUGAAAAUACCGUCGGUCGAGACGGUGGACGGGGUCACGUACUACUGCAUCGAGGUUGGAAUCGCGUCGAUCAAAUGGACCGUCAAACACAGGUACAGCUCAUUUGCGGCGUUACACGAGAACUUUGUCUCCAAGUACUGCGUCGAGAAGGACAUUUUACCGCCGAAGAAGCUGAUAGGCAACAAGUGUGAGGUUUUCGUGGAGAAGCGUAGACAGAGUCUCGAGGCCUAUCUCAAUACGGUUUAUAAUUACUUGAAGAAGGCAAUGCCCAGGGAAUUGGCCCUAUUCUUGGAUCUCCACGAGUACGAUAUAUAUUUCCUGGUGCAGAGCAUGGCGUUGGAAUUUUUUGUAACGGGCGACACUUUGCUGCAUGCUUCGACAAGCUACAAGUUCAAUCCCGUACAGCUGUACGCAAUCAGCGAAAGAUUGAAGCAGCCGUGCCCAUUGACGGAAGCUGUAGAUAAGGAAUACGACUUCAGUCACGUUUUAGAUUUUAAUUCGCGCUUAACCAGCCUCACGAUCGAAGGAAGCUCGGAGCCUUACAAAACCAGCAACAUAUAUCCGUCCGCCUUGUCCAUCGAGUUAUCCACCUUCAAAAAUGUGCGGCAUCUAACGAUCGAUCAAUAUCCGGUUGAUAAAAUUUACAACAUGGGAAAUCUUCGGGAUACCGUGGUCACACUGAAAGUUACCAAUACCAAGCUCAGAAACAUCGUGGAGCUGGCCAUGUGCGAGGAGGUUCACAAAAUUAUCGAAAACGCCAACGACUCUCACGUAUGGAUGAAAGUGACGCACUUAGAUCUCAGCGAUAAUCGCAUAGAAGUUAUAGACGAGGCGAUUAAGCUACUGCCGCACAUAGAAUGCCUGACGCUGAACAACAAUCACUUGUCCGAGAUCUCUAACGUGACGUUGUUGCCCAGAUUAUCUCAAUUGUAUCUAGCGUCUAAUAAUUUUACCAGUCUGCCGGACGAUCUUCACACGAAACUCGGAUAUAUCGUCUACAUCGACCUGUCGCAGAACAAACUCACGUCCCUCGCCAGUUUUUCAAAACUAUAUUCGUUGGAGGGAUUAGACGUGAGCUGUAAUCGUAUCGAGAAGAUCGAGGAGGUGAAACACAUCGGUCAUCUACCGUGCCUAGAAAACCUGAGGCUAACGGGCAAUCCGGUAUCGACGAUAGUUGACUAUAGAGUCAAGGUACUGGAACCGUUUGGUAAGAGGGCCGCCGAUAUCUGUCUGGAUAACGAAAAGCCAAAUCAAAAAGAACUUGACACCGUGUCGGUUCAUCAAGCGUUGCGUAUCGCGAGGGAGGGUAAAUCGCCGUCGUUCACCGCGUCCGACGCGCCGCUAUUUUCCGCCGAAGUUCCAAGUAUAUAGAAAUUUUAACCGUGGCUUUUUUUAUCGCGACAAUCGUGUUUUACGUGAAGACCAUUUGUUAGAUACGAAACAAAAAUGUUUUAUACGACAUGUAGAUUUUAUCACUGCGAGACUGAUUCUUUCUUUUCGGUAAAACCGUAAUAUGGUUUAUAGUCUCGAUUUAUUGUACAUUCGCUGGUUUUAUUCAUACGAUGUAAGUGGAUGACGUAAAAACAUGCUUUUUACUUCGAUCUUGAAAACAUACUAAAACGAACAAUACAUUUUACGAAGUCUUCGUGUUGUAAUCUCAUGUAUAAAUCAGAGAUGAAACACGUCUUUCUUGCGAGCAAGUAAAAACUCCACACAAUCCAUGACAAAAUUAUGUGAACACACGAUGUCAUCUAAUUCGUGAAAUAAAUUUGUAAAUUUUCCACUAUUUUAUACAUAUCACGCAUAGAUUUUUAUCGACUGUCUAUAACAAUGAAUUAAUCCGCGUAUCCAUUGUAUUUUAUAUACAUAUACAUAUAAUUAUUUGAUCGUUAUCGAAUUUACUUGAUGUUAUCGAUAUAUUAGAAUUAGUGCUAAUAAGUCACAAGUUACAUAAUAUUUAUUCCGAAACAAUGUCUAAAUCCUUUUAAAUUUUAAAGAAAUAAUACA